CUCAACUAGCAAGCAUCGACGUUUCUGAAUCGAAAAACACAGCAACCAAAGACGACGCUGUACCGCGGACGCGAAACCUCAUAACCGACCGAAGUGUUCUCACCAAACAGUAGUUAAACAACCGUGCCUGUAGUGUGCUUGUAUUUCUUGUGGUGUGUUAUAUCCUUCGUACGCUCAAGAGGGUCUCCGUUGCAUCGGCAACAUAUUUUGCUGUAAAUCAACCUACCCAUCCCACGGAAACCCUUGUCCUGCAUGACCUGUCAUAAGGCGUUGGUGUUGCUAGAUUGUUGUUACGGAAGGGAUUGACCGUCAAUUCGGGAAGCCGCCAUCCGUAGUGUAAUUGCGUUCAGUGCUCCAUUCGCUGCUGAUUGUGUUCGAUCGGUUUUGUUUGUUUUUAGCUUGAAUUUUGUGAACCGACACUGCCCGCAACAACAGGAUGUCCGAGUCCGGCAAGCCUUUUUCCAACAUGGAAUCGUCCAGCUAUGUUGGUUUUGCCAAUCUGCCGAACCAGGUGCAUCGAAAGUCGGUGAAGAAAGGGUUCGAGUUUACGCUGAUGGUUGUCGGUGAGUCUGGUCUCGGAAAAUCCACCCUGGUGAACAGUCUGUUCCUGAGCGAUCUCUACCCGGAACGCGUAAUACCGAAUGCUGUUGAAAAACAAAACAUGACGGUCAAGCUCGAUGCAUCCACGGUGGAGAUUGAGGAGCGUGGCGUGAAGCUGCGGCUGACCGUUGUCGAUACGCCCGGAUUCGGUGAUGCUAUCGAUAAUAGCGAUAGCUUCAGUGCGAUCCUCGAGUACAUCGAUGAGCAGUACGAGCGGUUUUUGCGCGACGAAAGUGGGCUGAACCGACGUAACAUUGUGGACAACAGAAUACAUUGUUGCUUCUACUUUAUCUCACCAUUCGGCCAUGGCCUCAAACCACUCGAUAUUGAGUUUAUGAAGAAAUUGCACUGCAAGGUAAACAUUGUGCCGGUGAUCGCGAAGGCGGACGUGCUGACGAAGAAGGAAAUCCAGCGCCUCAAGUGCCGUAUAAUGCAGGAGAUUGAAGAUAAUGGGAUCAAAAUCUAUCCACUGCCCGAUUGUGAUAGUGAUGAGGAUGAGGACUACAAGGAGCAAGUGCGCCAGCUGAAGGAAGCGGUCCCGUUUGCCGUGUGCGGCUCGACCACGCUGCUCGAGGUGAAGGGACGCAAGGUGCGCGGUCGUCUAUAUCCGUGGGGUGUUGUCGAGGUGGAAAACCCGGAACAUUGCGAUUUCAUCAAACUUCGCACCAUGUUAAUCACUCAUAUGCAAGAUCUGCAGGAAGUCACUCAGGAGGUCCAUUACGAAAACUAUCGCUCGGAACGGUUGGCCAAAUCCGUUCGGAAGAAUACGAACUCUGUCAUUAAGGAAGAUACCACCGCCGUUCCCGGUGGUGAAUCGCUGACGGAGAAGGAUCGGAUUUUACGCGAGAAGGAAGAAGAGAUCCGCCGAAUGCAGGAAAAACUCGCACAAAUGCAGGCCAAAAUUCAGGCACAGAAAUAAUGUGCCCUGAAGAAGUAGAGUUACAAGAACAGGAGCGAUAGUGGUAUUUGGUAAUGAUGGUCGCAUAGUUCAUAUAACGCACAAACAGAAAAAAAGAAACAUACCCAAGCUGAUGCCUCCAAUGGUGAAAAUAAGGACGUAUUUGAUUGUUACAAAAAACUGCAAGCAUUUCCUGAACGGUUCAUAUCAUAUAGAGAAAACCCCCAAUUUCAAUUGUUACGAGAAAAAAACGAGACGGAUGCCCAUAUUUCGUCGUGUGCCAUCUUCCGCUUCACGCCAUGCGACCAUCCAUCAGUUUGCCACGCACACGCUCCACACGCAACGUUUCAUUCUGCGGGAAUUCUAAUCGAGAAUCUCUUCAAUUUUGUAUGUUUAUAAACGUCGUAGUGGUUUGCUGACUGUUGUGGUUUCUAUAACUUUACAUACAGAAGAUGCACCCCACGUAACUCUUGUCCGUUUUCUUUGUGUACGAAAUAUUUGCAUAUAAUUAGUGUAGAAGUUAGAACGUCACCCUUACCGAUAGUGAUUGGUUGCUAUUGACACAUUAGCCACGUUAAUCGCCACAUAACCGGUCGAUUAAGUUGCCGGAAUUGAACAACGAACGGGUACUUAAAAACAACACAAAAAUUGUUCUCGCUCUCUCUAGGUCUCUCUUUAUUUGAUUGCUUUAGUUCCAACAAACUGUUCUGAUUGUCCUGUAGCUUUCAAUUUCCAAAGAAAGUACGUACCAGUCAGUGGAGAGAGCGUGUAGAAACUGAAGCACACUUCCCAGGUCUACGUCAUUCAGCUGCAAUAAUCGCAAUAGUUUGUACGAAAGGUAACAUUUUGUACACGUGCGAAACUGACAGAAAGGAAAGUUAAAAGCGUCUCGAUAUUUUAGAGUAUUACUAUAUAUAUAUUUUUUACAAUUUCGGUUCCAACCGGUUUCGGACAGGAUCAGUUUUCAAUAAAUGGUAAUGUACUGGAAAACAAAAUUGGAAUCGUUUGUUAA